AUGGUGGAAGAGAGUGAUCCCAAGGUUGGGGGCGAUGAGACUGUGAAGCCUGAGGAGCAGGCGGAGACGAAGGUGCAAGGGGCUCCGGAUCAGAUCAGGGACGCGAGUGUGCAGGCUGGGAGAAGUCAAGGCAGGAACGACUCCAUGUCCUAUUUCACCUUUAAUCAGCCGCGGUUCUCCACGGACUCCGUGCUGAAUCCGUUUCUGAAUAUGAUGGAGCAAGGAUCGGGUGCUCCGGGUGCUCCGGGUACUCAAAGUGGUCAAAGUACUCAAGGUGCUCAAGGUGCUCAAGGAACUCAAGGUGCUCAAGGUGCUCCGGGCGCUCAAAGUGCUCAAGGUGCCCAGAGCGCGCAAGGACCGGGACAAGGGCCAGUGUCUAUGAACAAAGGUAGUAUUGCGGGCAAUGCACAACGGUUAUCUCAGCAGCCUGAUCUGAACCAGAUUGGGCGUGGGUUUUCUAUAGUGAACAGUCUAUGGCCUCCCCAGCAGGGAUCUGUACCGAAUGCUGGAGGUGCAGUGAACGCUGGCGUCAGGCGAAGUGUGGAUCACACGCAACCAGACGGCAGUGCAGAGCAAUCCCCAGUACCACCAAUAACAAAUGCGCAGGGACAAGUAGCGAGAAACGGUUCUCAGCCAAGGUUUAAGAUCCCGUCGUUUGCAUCAGAGAAUGCACAGAGCUACCCUCAAGCAGGAGCUAAUAACGCGGGAACACCAGGGUUGUCCGGUUACAAUGCACCAGGCUCUAAGAGAAACUCAAUAUAUUUCCCAAACGAUGUGACUUCUGACCAGGACCUAUUGAAUUCAGUCCACGUCAAUAACCCUGACAUGCCAAAUCAGCAGUUUCAAUUUCAAGUGGGCGGAUAUGGAAGAAGGGACUCUAUAUUACAAUCUAUGAAACCACCUUCUAUGGUGCCGUUUGGUAACAACGGUGCCCCAAUUCCUCAGAAUGAAAUCAUGACAGGUAACGACAAGACCAACGACAACUUUAUGGACAAUAUGCCACAGGGAAAUAUCCCUCCUGGUGCUAGAAACGCGAACUUUAAGGAACCGGGCUUUAGGAAGGCAAGCUCUAACGAAUACGAAAUGUUUUUGAACAAUCACUCUUACAGAAAUCCUUACAGUAUUAGUGGUGAAGGUCAACCACUUCCACCACAGGGCUCAAGACAAAAUUCGAUUAAGUACAAUCCAGAAGAUCUUGAUUACCAAUACAAAAGGAGAAACUCUUCUGUAAGAUCGCUGCUAUAUGGACCUAUGCAGUUCCAAACUGCGGUAGACAACAGCAUGCAAAAUAUCAAUAACGGCGCUAACAUGGGCCGACUAUCAGCCUUUGGUGAAAUACCGCAGAAUAUGUACAGGAAUGUUGGCACCAGCAUUAAUCAAGGUAUUGCUCCGAAUGGAGAACCUAUCGGACAGGAUCCCAACUUAGGCUCGAAGAGACCAUUAAUGGAAGGCGAAGAAGGUUACAAUAACUGGGAAGAGAAUCCUAAAAAGAAGACAAAAGGUAAGCCAAGAAAGAAGCGGACCACUAAUAAAGCAUCUUCAACAAAAAAGAAUACUACAACGAAGGGGAAUAGUGGACAAGCAAUUAAUCAAGAACCUGUAAACGAAAAUAUUCCAGAUGAAUUACCCCCAGAGACAAACCAAAAGGAAAAAUUGGGGACUACUAAUGUUGACCAGCUUGUUCUUAUGAUCCAGGCUAGAAAGAAGGGUGUCACAGAGAAGGUUCCAACCACCGAGGAUGGAAAAUUAGUAAUCAGCAAUGACUCUGAGAUCAUUCCUUCUAGUGUGGAUCUAUUUGGUGGAGUUGAAAAGCCCAAAUCUGCAACAGUAUCUAAGCAAUUUGAAUGUCAAUAUUGCCAUAGAUGUUUUGCACAAGUUACCCAUCUUGAUGUUCACAUUAGAUCCCAUUUGGGUAAGAAGCCAUACCAGUGUGAAUACUGUGGCAAGCCGCUUCACCCAGGGUGGUAA